AUGGAGGUGUGCGCGGAGGGUGUAUCACGCCCGCCUACCACGCAUAUAUCGUGUUUAUACCCGGAGAUCCUUGCGCUAAUAUUCAGCUACCUGGACGUGCGCGACAAAGGUCGCGUCGCGCAGGUGUGCGCGACGUGGCGCGAGGCAGCGUACCGCAAGAGCGUGUGGAGAGGCGUAGAAGCCAAACUACACCUACGUAGGGCCAACCCGUCUUUGUUCGCCUCGUUAGGUUCCAGGGGCAUCAGGAAGGUUCAGGUUCUCUCCCUCAGGAGGGUCCUACGGGACGUCAUUAGCGGGGUACCUAACAUCACCUCACUUAACCUCUCCGGCUGCUACAACGUCUCCGACAUCAGCCUGACGCACGCCUUUGCGUCAGAGUGCCCCUCGCUGACGCAACUUAACCUGUCCCUGUGUAAGCAGGUAUCAGACUCGUCCCUAGGGAAGAUCUCCCAGCAGCUCAGGAACCUUGAAAUUUUAGACCUAGGAGGCUGUUCCUACAUCACCAACACAGGCCUAUUGCUGGUGGCUUGGGGCCUGAAGAAACUCCGUAGGCUCAAUUUGCGUUCCUGCUGCCUAAUUAGUAAUCAGGGGAUAGCGUACCUAGCAGGCCAGCACCAGGAGGCAGCCGACGGAACCACGGCUUUGGAAUUCCUAGGCCUACAAGACUGCCAGAAGCUAUCAGAUGAGGCCCUACGGCAUGUAGCCCUAGGCCUACCAAGCCUAAAAGCUAUAAAUCUUUCAUUCUGCGCCAGCAUCACCGACUCAGGUGUCAAGUACCUAGCCAGGAUGCCUAAUUUAAUAGACCUAAACCUCAGAUCCUGCGACAACAUCUCAGACAUAGGCAUAGCCUAUUUAGCCGAAGGAGGCUCAAGAAUAACCAGCCUAGACGUCUCAUUUUGCGACAAAAUUGGCGACCAGGCCUUGGUACAUAUUUCCCAAGGCCUAUUUACCCUUAGGUCCCUCUCCUGCUCGGCCUGCCAAAUUAGUGACGAGGGAAUUUACAGAAUUUCACGAACGCUACACGAAUUAGACACCCUGAACAUAGGCCAGUGCGUCAGGAUCACGGACAAAGGCCUACAGCUUAUUGCUGAGCACCUAACGAACCUAUAUUCCAUAGACCUAUACGGCUGUAACAGGAUUACCACAGUAGGCCUAGAGAGAAUUAUGCAGUUGCCACGGUUGUCCGUGUUGAAUUUAGGCCUAUGGCACAAACACAGGCGGUGACGUAAGUCGUACGUAGGUGUUCGUAGCCUAUCAGGGAAGACAGAUAGCAAGGUGUUGCUACGUGGUAGUCAGGUGUUGCUACGUGGUAGUCAGGUGUUGCUACGUGGUAGUCAGGUGUUGCUACGUCAAGUGUUGCUACGUAGUAGCAAGGUGCUACGUGGUAGCAAGGUGCUACGUGGUAGCAAGGUGCUACGUGGUAGCAAGGUGCUACGUGGUAGCAAGGUGCUACGUGGUAGCAAGGUGCUACGUGGUAGCAAGGUGCUACUACAUGGUAGUAGGCGACUACUGCUGCUACUGACUACUACCAGAUUCACCACCACUGCUGGUAGCUGACUACAAUAACUACCACCACUACCACUGCUGGUAGUUUACAACAACUACCACCACCAUCACUGCU